AUGGAGAGGACACCGACUGAAUACCGGCCCCGCCCUUACUUCACAUCCAUAGAGAGGCGACGGGGAGAGAAAUACACCGAAAACAAGCCGCUGGUCACUGGGAAUAAAGGCCUCAUAUGUCCGCUGACUGAGCCGUCGGUGUCUCUGUCGGUGCUCGGCUCGGUGCGCAGUGAUGCUCGCGCUAGGAUGCAGGGAGGCUGCGCGGAGGAGCUCGCGAUGAGACUGGACAAAGAUGGCGUAGGAGACAGACGAGUCACUCCGCAGGGGGAAAAAAGGAUGGUGGAAUAUUACCAAGUGCACGGGGGCGAAAACGGAGGAAAGAUGAGGAGGAGAAGAAAGCCAAGUAUAGAGGAGCAACAGGCACAACCAGCUCUGCUGCUACACCACAGCCUGCAGACACCCCAUCAGCCUCAACAAGCUCAGAUGUCCACAAGACCAUCAGGUGAGCACCCAUUGAUCCUGCUGACUGGCCAGCCCUGUCUGACACGUCUGUCUCCCUGUGGCAGGUUUGUCAUCAUGUCCGUCUCCUGCAGAGCUGAGGUCGAUGUGAGGGUCACGAUUCCAUCCUGUUUCAGUCUUGAUCCUGAAGAACAGUCUCAGUUCUACGACAGCUGGGCAGAAAACUAUGAACAGGAUCAGACCCUGAUAAGCUACAGAGGACCACACCUGGCAGUGGACUUCCUGUCUGAGAACUUCUCUGGGAGUCCUGAAGAAGCUCGGGCUCUGGACGUCUCCUGUGGGACCGGAUGGGUCGCUAAACUGGUUUGA